UAGCAACUUAAGUGGCAGUGUUAUCCUGAAAUCCUCAGGCAGCCAGACCGUCUUAGGCUUAGGCAAACCUUGAUAAAAGAGUCCUUAUCCAGGUUUUUAUCUAAGGAAUCCCGAGUAGACUGGAGAAUGGAGAGGCAGCAAAGGUUCAUGUCAGAGAGGGACGAGUAUCAGUUUCAACAUCAGGGAGCGGUGGAGCUGCUUGUCUUUAAUUUUUUGCUCAUCCUUACCAUUUUGACAAUCUGGUUAUUUAAAAAUCAUCGAUUUCGCUUCUUGCAUGAAACCGGAGGAGCAAUGGUGUACGGCCUUGUAAUGGGAUUAAUUUUACGAUAUGCGACAGCACCAACUGAUAUUGAAAGUGGAACUGUGUAUGAUUGUGGAAAACUGGUCUUCAGCCCUUCAACUCUGCUGAUUAAUAUCACUGACCAAGUUUAUGAAUAUAAAUACAAGAGAGAAAUAAGCCGGCACAACAUCAAUCCUCAUCAAGGCAACGCUAUACUUGAAAAGAUGACAUUUGAUCCAGAAAUCUUCUUCAAUGUUUUACUGCCACCAAUUAUAUUUCAUGCCGGAUAUAGCCUAAAGAAGAGACACUUUUUUCAGAACUUAGGAUCUAUUUUAACAUAUGCCUUCUUGGGAACUGCCAUCUCCUGUAUCGUCAUAGGGUUAAUUAUGUAUGGCUUUGUGAAGGCUAUGGUAUAUGCUGACCAGCUGAAAAAUGGAGACUUUCAUUUCACUGACUGUUUGUUUUUUGGUUCACUGAUGUCUGCUACAGAUCCAGUGACGGUGUUGGCCAUUUUCCAUGAACUGCAUGUCAACCCCGACCUGUACACACUCUUGUUUGGGGAGAGUGUGUUGAAUGAUGCAGUUGCCAUAGUCCUUACAUAUUCUAUAUCCAUUUACAGUCCCAAGGAGAAUCCAAAUGCAUUUGAUGCUGCAGCAUUCUUCCAGUCCGUGGGGAAUUUCCUGGGGAUCUUCGCCGGCUCAUUUGCCAUGGGGUCUGCGUAUGCUGUUGUCACGGCACUGUUGACCAAAUUUACCAAACUGUGUGAGUUCCCUAUGCUGGAAACGGGCCUGUUUUUCCUCCUGUCUUGGAGCGCCUUCCUGUCUGCCGAGGCCGCUGGCCUAACAGGGAUAGUUGCUGUUCUCUUCUGUGGAGUCACACAGGCACAUUAUACCUACAACAAUCUGUCGUUGGAUUCCAAAAUGAGGACUAAACAGUUGUUUGAAUUUAUGAACUUCUUGGCUGAGAACGUCAUCUUCUGUUACAUGGGCCUGGCGCUGUUCACGUUCCAGAAUCAUAUCUUUAAUGCUCUUUUCAUACUUGGAGCCUUUCUAGCAAUUUUUGUAGCCAGAGCAUGCAACAUAUAUCCCCUCUCCUUCCUCCUGAAUCUGGGCCGGAAACACAAGAUCCCCUGGAACUUUCAGCACAUGAUGAUGUUUUCAGGUUUGCGAGGAGCGAUAGCUUUUGCCUUAGCUAUUCGGAACACUGGAUCUCAGCCCAAGCAAAUGAUGUUUACCACCACUCUGCUCCUCGUGUUCUUCACAGUCUGGGUAUUCGGAGGAGGAACAACCCCCAUGCUGACUUGGCUUCAGAUCAGGGUUGGUGUGGACCUGGAUGAGGACAAGAAGGAGGAAGAGCCCUCUUCACACCAGGAAGCAAACAACUCUGGCAAAAGCACGACAAAAACAGAGAGUGCCUGGCUCUUCAGAAUGUGGUACAGCUUUGACCACAAAUAUCUGAAACCAAUUUUAACCCACUCUGGCCCCCCGCUGACCACAACAUUACCCGAAUGGUGCGGCCCAAUUUCCAGACUGCUCACAAGUCCUCAGGCCUAUGGGGAACAGGUCAAAGAGGAUGAUGUAGAAUGUAUUGUAAACCAGGAUGAACUGGCCAUGAAUUACCAGGAGCAAGCGACCUCACCCUGCAGCCCUCCUGCAAGGCCGGGUCUGGACCAGAAAGCUUCACCCCAGACUCCAAGCCAGGAAAACAUUUACGAGGGGGACCUUGGCCUAGGAGGCUAUGAACUCAAGCUCGAGCAAGCUCCGGGUCAAUCCCAGCUGAAUUAACGGGCGUGAACGGCGCCGAGGUAAUCACAAGGUAACGCAGGGAUCACUGAGGAUCAAGGCAAGCCGAUGGGGCUGCGUGGAGGAGAGGCUGGGAAGUGUGUGAAGAGCAUAAAUUGGAGAGAUUCAAAACCUUAUCACGUGUAUCCUCUGGUGCCUGCAGAAAUGAGAAUUUAUUAUCAUCCCUCUGUAUUACGCAACUGCAUUUAA